GGCGCGCCGGCCGCGCGGCUUUUGGGGGCGGGGCCGCCCGAACCCGGGCAGAGCUGCGCGAGCCGCGGAGCCCCCGCCUCUAGCGCGUCCCCUGCCCGGGGGUCUCCUGCAGGUCCCUCGGGGCGCCUUGCAGGCCGGAGAGAGCCCAGCGACCUGGACCCAGCGGGGACAGCUGCGCGCGCUGCGCGUUCUCGGGGACCCGCCCCCUGCCGCCGGGAGCCAGCUGGGAACUCCGGGGUCUGCAGCCGCCCGAACCCCCAGACGGACUGUCCCAGCGGCCCUCCCGUCCCUCCAGGCAGCGGCGAGGAGGGGCGAACGGCCGCACCCCGGCAGGCCCUCCCUGCAGGGCUGGGGGCAGAGGGCCGCGCGUUUGGAGAGAGGCAAGGAGGGUCGCGCGUUUGGAGGGAGAGGCGGGGCCAGAAUGUAUCACAAAGUGCAAACGCGCUGUAUUUCCAAACCCCGCCGCGCGCAGGCGGCUGCAGCGUUCACGGUGACAUCGCAAAAGGCGAGGGGGAGACGCGCCCGCGGGACCCCUUCCUGGUGCGCUUCCAGGUGGCGUCGACCGGGAUGAAGGGGCAGCGAGGGAGCCCUUCCCAGGCGCCUCCCACGGGAUCGCCCGGCAGCCGCGGCACCACCUCCAGUCACCGCAACCCCCGCGUGGAACAGACGACCCGGUCUCAAGGGGCGGCGCGGGUGGGAGGCGGCCCCCGGUCCAUCUCGGGCGCCGCCUGAUGUACUCCUGCUGCG